AUGAGUGAAUACCGUAGCACAAUUUCGGCGCGACCUGGUUACAAUCGUAUCAGUUCAACAAGCAGUUCGAGCACAUUCGGAGGACUUCCAUCUGGCAAUCGAGUAGUGAAAGUAGUGACUGAAAUGAGUUCAUCUUCGAUGACCAGUGGCUUGUCCCCCUUCGGCCAGAAUGCUGCUUCCACGAUUCGUGAUGCCCGUGAGCGCGAGAAGAAGGAAAUGAGUGAUUUGAAUGAUCGUUUAGCUGAUUAUAUCGAAAAAGUACGUUUCCUGGAAGCUCAAAACCGUAAACUGAAUGCUGACUUGGAGAUGUUGCGUGGACGAUGGGGAAAAGACACUUCAAGCAUCAAAAUUAUGUUUGAAGGUGAACUUGCUGAGGCUCGAAAAGUAAUCGGUGAUACGAAAAAACAACGCGAUGAGCUUGAAAAACAAAUCAUGAAAAUGCAAGAGGAAUUAGCUGAAUAUCGCAGAAAAUUUGAUGAAGCAACAAAAGCAAGUUUGGGAGAUCGUGACAAAAUUGACGAGCUUCUGGCGGCAUUAUCAAAUCUUGAAGCUGAAAUUAAUUUGUUACGACGUCGAAUCACUCAGCUGGAAGAUGAGAUUUCACGAAUCAAAAAAGAAAAUCAACGACUUGUAGGAGAAUUACAACGCGCAAGAACUGACUUGGAUCAAGAAACACUGAAUCGUAUCGAUUAUCAAAAUCAAGUGCAAACACUUCAAGAAGAAAUCGAUUUUAUUAGUCGUGUACAGGAUCAAGAAAUUCACGAUCUUCAAGCAAUGGCAGCUCGUGAUACAACUAGUGAGAAUCGCGAAUUCUUCAAGAAUGAACUUUCAUCAGCCAUUCGUGAUAUUCGCAGUGAAUAUGAUCAGAUGACAAAUGCUAAUCGUAAUGAUAUGGAAUCGUGGUACAAACUAAAAGUACAAGAAAUUCAAACGCAAUCAGCACGUCAAACCAUGGAACAAGGUUAUCAACGUGAAGAAGUAAAAAGACUACGUGUCCAACUGGGCGAUCUGCGAGGCAAAUUAGCAGAUCUAGAAGGACGAAACUCCCUACUAGAGAAGCAAAUCCAGGAAUUGAACUUCCAACUUGAAGACGAUCAACGUUCAUACGAAGCUGCUCUGAAUGAUCGCGACGCACAAAUCCGCAAAAUGCGUGAAGAAUGCCAGGCAUUAAUGGUUGAAUUGCAAAUGUUGCUAGAUACCAAACAGACUUUAGAUGCCGAAAUAGCAAUUUAUAGAAAAAUGCUAGAAGGGGAAGGAGACGGACCAGGUUUGAAACAACUUGUUGAACAAGUUGUCCGCACUACAGGUAUCAACGAAGUAGCAGAUACAGAAACAAUGCGUGUAGUGAAAGGGGAAACAUCCUCUCGUACAUCCUAUACUCGAUCUGCGAAGGGCAACGUAUCAAUCCAAGAAACAUCACCUGAAGGCAAAUUUAUUGUCCUAGAGAAUACUCAUCGUUCUAAGGAAGAACCAAUUGGUGAAUGGAAGUUAAAGAGAAAAAUAGACGGAAAACGUGAGAUCGUAUACACAUUACCAAGAGAUUUCAUACUAAAACCCAGUAAAACUGUGAAGAUUUGGGGACGUGGACAAGGCGGAGUCCACGCACCACCCGAGCAGCUUAUCUUCGAUGCCGAAGAGUCGUUUGGAGUGGGAAGUAACGUGCAAACUAUCCUUUACAACAAGGAGGGCGAGGAAAGAGCAACUCAUAUCCAACGCUCUAGCCAAACUGCAAGCUAA